AUGGUAGAUUGGCUCAGUCUCGCCGUGCCGCUCGCCUACCUCGGCGUUCUGCUCGGCUCUCUCGCGACUUUCUCCUCGCUAUACCGGAAACGCAAAGCCACAAAGGCCACCUCGCUAGAACCAUGGUUCCCUCCUCACCUCCAACGAGACAUCUACUUUUCCCUCCUCCACCUUGACCCUCCAGCAUCGUCUUCUGGCAAAGAGAAAAAGGCCCCUGCAGUACCAGAGUCGGUGCUGAAGGCUGCUCUCCUCAGACGCGCAACCGAGGAUAUCAAGCGGGUCAUGGCGCUCCGGAGCCAGAAGCAGGCGCUGGCCAUGCUUCUCCAACGGGGCAGUGUCGGUGACGAUCUGUGGCAGCGCUUCCAAAGAGCUGAGAAGGAAAUGGAGGAUGAAGUACGGGAUGUUGUUGCGGAGGCCAAUGCGUACGUUCCCGGUUGGGGCCAGACGAUCUUCCAGUCAGCAAAUGAGAUGCUCAACAACGUCAUCUUCCGCGAGCGGAUGGAGACCUAUCAGAGCAAGGUGAAGGAGGAGCGCGAGUGGUGGGAUAAGAAGAAGGCGAGCAUCCAAGAGGGUUUUAUGAAGGAGCUGGAUGCAGAGGGCUCGGGCCCCGCCAAGGUUGAACAGGCAAGCUCUGUCACAACGACGACGAACUCGACCUCUGGCACAAUGACCCCCGAGUCAUCUGCGGCGCCUUCCACCGUCGCUGAGAGCGACGAUGAAGCUGUAUUGGUGAACGCUGAUGACACUGCAGGGGGGUCAGGGAGUGCCAGUAAGAAGAAAAAGAAGGGGAAGAAAUGA